CCUCAUAUCCCAAGCCUUUUUCAUACAACAAAGGCUUGCCUCCUUUUGUCGCUUUCCCGGAAAAUCUUCCCCUUUUUUCCCGGAAAAUUCAUCCUCCAUUUUCUUCCUAAUUCAAACUUCUCCAUCCUCUACACCGCACUAUUCUUCGGAAUUAACCAUGGCGGAAGAUGGCUUUGUCAACAACGGUGUUGACAAUCAGUACUCUGAAGAAUUCGUUAUGAAGAUGAAGGCGUUGGAAGAGUUAGGAGAGUUGGGACCAACAGAUGAAUUGUUGAGUGAAAACACUGAUAGAUCUGAGGAAAUCAAGAAGUUGAAGAUGGAGCUUGAGGGGUUACGAAGCAGUGAUGAUAAGAUGAGGAAAGAGAUGGAAGGAAUGGAGAGAGAGGUGCUGAGGUUGCAUGAAUUCGAGAAAUCUGCUGAGGUUAUUGCUGCUAGGGCAGCUGAGUUGGAAACUGAGUUGGCGAGGCUCCAACAUGAUUCCAUAUUAGAGAUGAAUGCUGCAGAGGAAGCCAGGAUGGAGGCUUCCGAAUUGAGGAAGGUUUUGGGAGAGAAGGAGUCUAGGGUUGAGUAUCUGGAGAGGGAAAUGGAAGGGUUGAAGAAGGUAAAGGUGGAGAGUGAAACAAAGUUGAGAGAUUUGGAGAGGAAAAUUGGGGUUCUGGAAACUAAGGAAAUUGAGGAAAGGAACAAGAGGAUCCGGGUUGAGGAGGAGUUCAGAGAUAACAUUGAUGAAAAGGAGAGGGAAAUAAGGGGGUUCAGGCUGAAGGUUGAGGAUAUGGAGAAGGUCAUUGCUGAGAGUAAAUCUGAAUUGGAGGAGAGGGGGAAAUUGAACUUGGAGGAAGCACUGAGAAAGUCUGAGGAGAAAGUAGCUAGUUUGGAAUCUAAUAUUGCUCAAUUGCGGGAGGAAAUAGUGGAAGCUGAGAAGGUGAUCAGUUCGCUGAAUGAGAAGUCUGUUGAGACUGUCAAUGGAGGUGUAAAUGGCAUUCAUGGUGAAGGGAAUGGGUUGAAGUUACAGUGGCCAUUGGUGGCAGCUACAGGAGCUGUUGUAGCAGGAGCAGCUGUAAUCUAUGUGUGCCAUGGGAAACGUUUGUGAUUUUGUGACCAGAGAGUAACCAAGGAAGGAGGGAAUUUGAAUGGGAGAUUGUAGAGGUUAGAUUCAUGAUGUUUUUAGUCACAUACAUGCUUCAGUUUUGCUGGUCAUCAAAUAAUGUCGGCUUUUGUUUUGAAAGCCUAUGAAUUUUGAUUAAUGUCAAAAGGCUUACUUGUUUGGUUGUUAGUUGCUCUUUUUGAGUAUCAAACCAUUUUGUGUGUUGGAGCAAUUCUCUGGUCAACUUACUCUUACUAGAUUUUUGUUGUAAUGACUAUGAGUAUAUUGUAGUUCCUUUCUAAGUUUGGAUUAAAUACAUAGAUUGAAAAGUUGAGGGUUUGAUCAUUA